ACUUGCUUAUAAAUUUUGUCAUAAACAUCUUACAAAAUAAUUAGAAUAGUUGAAACAAUUUCUUUGUUUACUCAGAAUCAUUUACGAUUCUUUUAUAUUGUAGAUAUAAUUUUAAUCUAAAAGCCAUACUUUCAUAACCUAAACAUGAUGUUAGCAUCCAGGAUCGCAGAGCGAAUUUUACUUUCCACAUGGCACUCUACAUCGGUAACAUCAGUAGCUGGUUUAAAAUGUUUUCCUCCACCAAUAAAAUUCGGUGAUAUUGAAUAUCCUGAGCGACGAAAACUCAAGAUAGUGGAAAAAGUUCCGCAAUAUCCACAAAGCUUACGUCCUCCCAAAAUGCAAAAGCGAAUCAGAUAUAUGCGAGGCCCAGAGGAAGUGCACAAUUCUCUUCUGUAUAGACAAUACGGUAUUAUUGCUACAGGAGGAGGUAGAUUAAAAUAUGGUCACUUUGAGAUGAUACGUUUAACACUUAACAAAAAACUCAAUCAACAAACAAUGUUCAGCAUUUGGCGUGUGGAUGCACCAUGGCAACCAGUUACAAAAAAGGGGCAAGGACAACGUAUGGGCGGCGGUAAAGGUUCUAUUGAUCACUAUGCAACUCCUAUCAAAGCAGGACGUGUCAUUGUAGAAGUUGGUGGUCAUUGUGAAUUUUUUGAGGUCAAGAAAAUAUUGACUCAAAUAGCGAAACAAUUACCAUUCAAGGCCGAAGCCGUAAGUCAAGAAAUAUUAGAUAAAAAAGCAGCUAAAGAGAAAUGGAUGGAAGAAAACAAUCAGCAUUUGUGGACGUGGAAGUACAUGGUUCAAAAUAACAUGCUUGGUUGCUGGAAAUGGAUAUCACCAGUUGAUAAAUUAUGGUUUAAUAAAUACUUGUAAAUAUGUAUAUGUUAUAUAUAAAAGAUAAACAUUAUCAUAAA